AUGGCUGAUUUGAAUAACGUAGAUCUCGCCAUAGACGAUUGGGAGGCGGAUGCCGAUGCUGCUAGUGAUAUCGCGACGGAUGAUAGCGAUCAUGGUGCAGCUGCUGAAGCGGGGUACCAGUAUUGGGAUACAGAUUCUGCUCGCUCGGAUCGGUUAACUUGGGGAUCGCCUCCAAUCGACCCAGACGUAUCCGCUCGCGCUGGAGCUCCCUACGAAGACGAGGAUUUUGGGUGGCGUCCCAGAUACUCAGGAUGGCUGGGUAAUCUUGUUCAUAGUGCUCAUCUGUAUCUUGCUCACGGAAGGUCACCAGAAGUAAAAGAGGACGAGAAUCCCUGGGAUCCCUGGGAAGAGUACGCGGACGGAGAAAACGCUACGCAGGUGCCGGAGUCAUCUGCGACAGAACAGGACUUGGAGCCUGAAGAUACGUCGUACGCUACGCAGAUGCCGGAGCCAUCUGCGACAGAGCAGGAGUUGGAGCCGAAAGAUACGUUGAUUGAUACGGCGCAAACCAUCGCCUCUCCAGCACCAUCUGAAGGCGUGAACGGCUCGGGAAACCGCCUACCUGCUGACAACCUCGACGUCUUCGCGUAUAUCCUGGGCUGGUUGGUCCCUCGCAUCAGCGAAACUCCUGUAGACGGAUACUUUCGUCCAGGAGGACCAGGCCACGAUGCUCUGAUGUCUAUCAAGUCCGUGACGCACUCGUGUCGGUUGUGGCGUAAUACCACAAUGCAGUUGAAGGCGACUGUCUGGGGACCUCUGGUGGCUGCCGCUCGCGACGAAACCAGUUGGCAGAGUGCGCUCGAGAAGGCUGGUGAGGCAAAUAUCCGUGUCGUUUACUGCACGGGUGUGCCCCAUGAGCUAUGUGAUGCCGAGCUUCAUCGUGCUUCAGCCGUCUACGCGGGCAGGGAUUUGGAGUGGCGUAACUUCGGGCCUCUUCUGACAGACGCAGACCUGAAGAACUUGGAAGUUCUUUACCUUUGUCCCAACAGGCGGCUCAUGCCUAAGUCGAGUUUACGCAUGUACGGCCCACUUGAAGCGCCAGCUCUGCGUAUCUGCGUCACCGCCACGCCGUUCCUCCUUCGCGCUCCGAAAUUGCGGUAUCUCGGUCUUCAACACCAGUCACGCACUCAAGUGCUCACAGUACUUUCCGGAUUGAAAGACAUCCCUCUGUUCUGGCUCGCUAUCGACAGGCCGCGAGAGCCCGGCGUAAUCGACGCUUCUGAGAUUGUGCGGGCCGUUACGACCGAGCACCUCAGGUUCUUACGCAUCGGCGCAUCGACGCGUCAGUUCGCCAUCCUGGACACUAGCGUCGAACCCACUUCUUGUCCAUCGCUCGAGAUCGCGGAUGUCUGCGGCCCGUCUUGGCUGGCAGCACCACGCCUGGAUAUUGCACAGGUGUUCGGAGCACAUCCAGGCGAGGUACUUUCCAUGCUCAGCCGAGCUAGGAAUGUACGGGUUCUGCGUACCAAAUGGCGCAACCCCUGGAGUCCCGAGUUCACACCGGCACUCGAUGUGCCAUUCGACGGAUUGUCCCCUUUGGCGUUGCCGCGCCUCGAGAAGCUGGAGAUCGUUGGAAUCAUGGCCAGAGAGACGCAGCAGUUUCUCGCAGGGCUGUCGGCGCCAAAUCUGGCGGAGAUGCAGAUGUUCUGCGACAUGCCGCCACAGCCUGUACACCAGGUCCUGGUUACAUCACGAGGGGCCCUCCACGCCGAACUUCAGAGCAUAGACAAUGCGCUGAGCGGGCGAGAUGACCUGGCGCAGCUACUCAUCAGCACGAGAAACAAUCUGCGGGCUGCUGGACAGGAUGGAGUCGCCCAGAUCAUGACGAGAACGCCCAACUUCCCUCAAGCUUGGACGCCCGCAGAGUGGCCGAACGUUGCGGAGCUACGUGCCAUGACGAGGGACUUUCUAGACAGUCUGGCGGUCGCCAUAGAAUCUCCCCCCGCUCCCCACAACGGUCAUCUACUGCGAGAGGUUGUCCAAGCUGCUAUGCUUGCAGCGGCUUUGUCGGCAGACGAUGCUGCAGUGAUGAAGAUCAAGUCUAAUCGGGACGCAGCGGAGUUCCUGGUGUCAUAUCGCGAUGGCGCCUGCACGAUGACAUUUGCCAUGGUAGGCUCGCGGACCAACCAGUGGGCCACGUCCUGGGAGACUCGGGGCGACUCGAUGCUGUAUGGUGUUGCCCGUAUGCUAUUCGGUCUUUCCGUCGCACAGACGAGGGAGCUGCACGUCGUCGGCGAACCGUUUGCGAGCUUGUGGCCACCAAACGGGCCAGACGUCGACGCACUGCUGCAGUCACUACGAGAGUAUGCCAUGGUUCACACACUUUGUGUGGACUACGCGUAUUCUUACAUGACUGCGAACCCAUGCCAGUUCCUGCGAGUGAUCCGCGACGCCACGGUGCUCCCGUCUCUGCGUUCGGCAGUGGUGCGGUGUGCCCCGAAAUGGUCGGAUCGCACUCGAAUACCUCAGGUAGACGCUCGGGUUGCAGCAGUCAUGACAGCGCUGAAGGAAGUGCUUGAGAGUCGCAUGGCUGAGGGAGGACCGCUGAUGGCGCUGGAGCUGGAGGGGGCUUGCUGCAUUCCUGCAGCUGACGUGAAGACGUUGAAGGGUUUGGUGAACUCCGUGAUUCUAUCGACGGUUUGUAUCCGGGCAGAGAACAGACAGUUGUGCUCCGUAUGUAACGAGGCGAAUGAAUGUACGUAG